GCAGAGACGUCAAUUUGUAGCAGACAUUAUCCACAUCGUUAAUUGAUCACAUUAUAGCAAAUUCAGCACGAGGAGCUUGUACAUUUGUUAAUUUUAAACUUUUCGUUAAUUUAAUCAGUAAACAAGAUGUACCCCGUUGGUCAACCUCCAGCGGGGGAAACGAGUGGUGGUGCAGUGGGUGUGUCGGGAGGAGUGAGCACGGCGGCGGGCACGACGGGCACAGCGGCCGGGGCCGCGGGCACGGCGGCCAGCACGGGCACGGGCACGCCGGGCGCCGCCGGGACGCCGAGCGCGGGCGCGGGCGCGGGCACCAUGGCGCUCGUGUCGCCCGUCGCCGCGCCGCCGCCCGACCUGCCCGUGCUCACAUGCCCGAGGCGACCCAAUCUCGGCCACGAGGGGAGACCCAUCAUGCUUAGAGCUAAUCACUUUCAAAUAUCCAUGCCGAGAGGAUAUGUCCAUCAUUAUGAUGUUAAUAUACAGCCAGAUAAGUGCCCACGAAAGGUGAAUAGAGAAAUUGUAGAGACUAUGGUUCAUUGUUAUAAUAAGAUAUUUGGUGCCCUCAAGCCAGUAUUUGAUGGCAGGAAUAACCUUUACACGAGAGAUCCUCUGCCCAUUGGCAAUGAUAGAGUGGAAUUGGAAGUCAUAUUGCCUGGAGAAGGGAAAGACAGAGUUUUUCGUGUGACAAUCAAAUGGGUAGCUCAGGUGUCACUGUUUGCAUUAGAAGAGGCUUUAGAAGGUCGAACAAGACAGAUACCAUAUGAUGCUAUUUUGGCAUUGGAUGUGGUAAUGAGGCACCUGCCAUCAAUGAUGUACACCCCAGUAGGGCGCUCAUUCUUCUCAUCCCCCGAAGGCUAUUACCAUCCUCUGGGUGGUGGCCGAGAAGUCUGGUUUGGUUUUCAUCAGUCAGUGAGACCAAGCCAAUGGAAAAUGAUGCUUAAUAUUGAUGUAUCUGCCACCGCAUUUUACAAGGCCCAACCAGUUAUAGAGUUUAUGUGUGAAGUAUUAGACAUUCGGGACAUUAAUGACCAAAGAAAACCAUUGACUGAUUCACAAAGAGUCAAGUUUACGAAAGAGAUAAAGGGUUUGAAAAUCGAGAUCACUCACUGCGGUACCAUGAAGAGGAAGUACCGCGUGUGCAACGUCACGCGGCGGCCCGCGCAGAUGCAAUCAUUCCCAUUGCAACUAGAAAACGGACAAACUGUCGAAUGCACAGUUGCGAAAUAUUUCCUAGACAAAUACAAAAUGAAGUUAAGGUAUCCACAUUUACCGUGUUUACAAGUCGGGCAAGAACACAAGCACACAUACUUGCCCCUAGAGGUGUGUAACAUCGUGCCCGGACAGAGAUGUAUCAAGAAACUGACGGACAUGCAAACAUCGACCAUGAUCAAAGCCACGGCCCGCUCGGCACCCGAUAGGGAGCGUGAGAUCAACAACCUGGUGCGGCGCGCGAACUUCAACACGGACCUGUACGUGAAGGAGUUCGGGCUGACCAUCUCCAACAACAUGAUGGAGGUGCGCGGGCGCGUGCUGCCGCCGCCUAAGCUGCAGUACGGCGGCCGCGUGUCCUCGCUCGGAGGCCAGGCGCUACCCAACCAGGGUGUGUGGGACAUGCGCGGCAAGCAAUUCUUCAUGGGCGUGGAGAUCCGCGUGUGGGCCAUCGCCUGCUUCGCGCCACAGCGGACCGUGCGGGAAGACGCGCUCAAAAACUUCACCCAGCAACUGCAAAAGAUCUCAAACGACGCGGGCAUGCCGAUCAUCGGGCAGCCUUGCUUCUGCAAGUACGCGACGGGGCCCGAUCAAGUGGAGCCUAUGUUCAAGUACCUCAAGUCUACCUUCGUGCAGCUACAGCUCGUCGUCGUGGUAUUACCCGGCAAGACGCCAGUUUAUGCGGAAGUAAAGCGAGUCGGCGACACAGUGCUCGGCAUGGCGACGCAGUGCGUGCAGGCGAAGAAUGUGAACAAGACGUCACCACAAACUCUUAGCAACCUGUGCCUCAAGAUCAACGUCAAACUCGGCGGCAUCAACUCCAUCCUAGUGCCGUCGCUGCGUCCCAAGGUGUUCAACGAGCCGGUGAUCUUCCUGGGCGUGGACGUGACGCACCCGCCGGCGGGCGACAACAAGAAGCCGUCGAUCGCGGCGGUGGUGGGCAGCAUGGACGCGCACCCGUCGCGGUACGCCGCCACGGUGCGCGUGCAGCAACACAGGUCAUUCAAUUACGAAGAUCGGGAAUCACAAGAGAUAGUUCACGAGAUGAGCAGCAUGGUGCAAGAGUUGCUGAUCAUGUUUUACAAGAGCACGGGCGGGUUCAAGCCGCACCGGAUCAUCAUGUACCGUGACGGCAUCUCCGAGGGGCAGUUCAUACACGUGUUGCAGCACGAGCUGACCGCCGUGCGAGAGGCGUGCAUCAAGUUGGAGGCGGAAUACAAGCCGGGCAUCACGUUCAUCGUGGUCCAGAAGCGGCACCACACGCGGCUGUUCUGCGCAGACAAGAAGGAGCAGUCCGGCAAGUCGGGCAACAUCCCCGCCGGCACCACGGUCGACCUCGGCAUCACGCACCCCACCGAGUUCGACUUCUACCUCUGCUCGCACCAGGGCAUCCAGGGAACGUCUCGACCGUCCCACUACCACGUGCUGUGGGACGACAACCACUUCGGGUCGGACGAGCUGCAGUGCCUCACGUACCAGCUGUGCCACACGUACGUGCGCUGCACGCGCUCCGUGUCCAUCCCCGCGCCCGCCUACUACGCGCACCUGGUCGCCUUCCGCGCGCGCUACCAUCUCGUCGAGAAGGAACACGACUCGGGAGAAGGCUCCCACCAAUCCGCCUGCAGCGAGGACCGCACGCCCGGCGCCAUGGCGCGUGCCAUCACCGUCCACGCCGUCACCAAGAAGGUCAUGUACUUCGCUUAGAUUACAGUCUACACCCCGUACUGCGCGAAUACUGGGGUAAAGCGACGUGGGCCCACGCUAACUAUAGCUACACUUAUUAAAUGAACUAAUAUAUAAAUCUUACGGCUCAUUUCGCAAAACGGAAACCCUCAGCGGCGCACAUUACGCACAAUAAAUGAAGUAUGCGUAGGACCCGCUGUUCCAAACUCGUUUGUUUGUGCGCCGCUGUGGUCUUCGUUGACUUCGAGCUCCUCAAUUAAGUUGCUUUAAUAUGACCAAUCAGCGAAUCAGCGAAAAUAACAAAAAUAUAAAAUGACUCGUAGUGCUACGUCGAAACAAAUAUUUUAUGGGAGCUAAUAAGGCAAACAAUCGUUACGUGAUGUGAGGUUACACUCAAGAACAACAUAAAAGGGUCCACAUAGUAGUUUUUAUAAAGAGACCCCUUUUCACUGUUCUUCAUUAUGACUCACAACGUUGUAUGCCGAAAUUUCAAAUAAGCUCUUAAUGUAAACGCUAAAGUGGACACCCUAGGUUAUAUUUAAAUAAAUAGUAUAAUGGCGAGCUGGAUAAGGUCGUACAAUCGACGUCAAAGAUAUUAUGUUACUUUAUAGCUUUCUAAUAAGAUCCAAAAUUUACAGAAAUGUUUGGCGUCGACCGUACAGUAGAGUGCAAUGUAACCUGGUCGAGGCGUGAUCUAGGCAGCCGGCCCAUAUCAGCUAUUUUUGUACUUUUGAUUGUUGUUCAAGGGUCAUUUUAGAGAUUGUACGCGUAGUGCCCUUACUGUACCGUUCUUUUAAAGUUAUUGAUUCCACAAAUCGUUUCUCUCUGCAGUUAUCGUGUGCCUUUAAAGACGAGUCAAACUAGAUAAUCAUUAAUCAGCCUUAAUGUAACCAAUCAACUUAUAAUUUUGAAAUGAGUCGGCGUACUUUCAAUUCAAGUUAUGGAAUUAGUACUAUAAGUAAUAUAAUGUGUUAUGUAUCUAUACUAGAAAUUUCACUGUGAAUUAGGGUGACUUGGUUUAAUACAAAAUACAAAAUACCCAAAAAGAUUAGGCACCUGUAGACGUCAAUAUAACCUUAGAGGUUCAACAGUGAAAUCCUUAACAAGGCAAUUCUCAAGUUCAGUAUGAAUCGUUUACAGUCAAUAAGUAUAAGUAUUAUUGUCGGUAGGCAGGCGGAAAACCUCAUUUAGAUGGUUAAUAUCGGCAUGCGAUUUGGUUACUUUAGGUACAUAGCAAUCAAUUCGAUUCGGAUGUAGUUUCGAAGUUUGACCGGGAUAACGCUGCUCGUAUUAUACAUUAUCGAUAUGCUGCUCAAACAUCGGAACUAUUUAAUACGAAUCGGAUGAUGUCUGUCUAAUACGUCUUGUGGUUCCCUGUAGUUGACUAAUAUUGCAUACAAGCUCUUCAAUCGUCUAAAUGGGGCUGUCUGUCGUGAUGCUUGCUCGCUAGUUACGUUCCAUAUGUAUUCGUAUCUUUUACAUACAAAGUAAUAAGCCUUAUUUAGAUACUGACUUCCCCAUUUAAUUUGUCACAAAUUCAUUAUAUCUGAAUCUCGGUUUAUUCUAAAAUAAAUUUUCCUUUCUCCCCUCCGAAUUUGCCUCCUUUAGUAAAAUAGAAUGGGAAAUACUUUCUUUGUCUUCCCAUUCCUUUUGUUUUUGGUCAUAAUAAUAUCUAUAUGAUAUGUACGAUAGUAAAAUACAGUUGUUGCUAAAAAUAUGGCAGUUAAUGUCAUCAUGUUUUUGAGUUGAAUGCAUCUUUUAGCAGCUGUUAUAAAUAGUAUGCUCUGGCCUACGACUAUUCGAUCUCAAACGCCCACAAUAGUUUCAUACUGUCCAAAUAAUGUAAGUUAAAUCGUAUCCAAGUAUAUUUCCAAAAAAAGUUAUAUCGAAUUAUAAGUUGUACUCAUUGCGAGCCACUUUCUAUUUUAUUUAGUCGUAAGUAGCAAACUAUGUUGUGGAAAUGGCAUCUCGCUUUAUUUUUUUAAUACAUAUGACUUAUAAACAGGUUCUCCGCUUGUUUAGUGACUGCAGCAACAUCGUUGACGAUUCUUGAAUGUGCCAGCGAUGUUUCAUAGCGCCCUACAAUAAUCGCACCGAAAUCUUGCCCAAUAAAACCUUCCUAAGUUUGACAUGUCGAUUUGGCAGUGAAUUUUGAACCUAAUUAAGUAUUUUUUUUAGGAAAUAGAGGUGAUAUUGUUGUGUUUAAAAUUGGGCGAGCUCACUACAUCGUAGGCCACGUCUUUGCCUUUGGCUAGUCUGUGGUCAAGGGUAAGCCCAUUCAUAAUAAUAAAAAAAAUAAUUGUACCGCACAAAACAAAUGCAACUCUAUUCCGAUUGGAGCUAGUAAGUAGUAAGUGCUAUCUUAGGUAAUGACGUGAGUCUUUAGGAGGAUAUAAAUGGAAUAAUAUAUUUAUGUGGGUUCAGACAUCGGAUGGGUUAUUGUAGCAUCGCGCUUGCACUUGUCGUCGCCGUAUGCUGUAGUUGCCAUCUUUAUUUUACGACUGUUCGUAAAGGAGCUGCUGUGCUAUUCUUGUUACUUAAUGCCUGCCAAAUGUAGUGUAGGAGUGGUUGCACUCUCGAUUCAAUAUUCUUCAAUUAGAUAUAUUUUAAUAAGUUAUUAUUAAUGUAAUUAUGAAUCUAAACAAGGGAAAUGAUUUAUUAGACAUAAGUGCACUUCAAAAGACCUUCACUUGUAACGUGCCGGAAUCACUGUCGUUCAAAUAUUAUUCUUAAUAGAUAAUGAACUAUUUUCUAACAUUGUAAUAAUAAUCAUAUAAUAACGCCAAUAAAAACAUCUGAGGGUAUCUCGAUUAAGGAAUAGUGUAAGAACGUUUUAACUUAUCAAAUCAUUGUACCCCUCGUUUUGAGCUUCGAGUUAACAUAAAGAUUAGAUUAAGAUUAUUAAUUUUAAUAUGUCGGCCGAACUAAUUUUAAUUGUGACAAUGAUUGAAAUAUGAUUGCUUUAAGUUAACAUAUCCAGUUUUAUCAAAGGAGCAUUGAUAAAAUCACUAUUUAAAUCAGGCUCAAGAUGCCCUCUUUCUUUUUACUAGGAUUAGCAAUAUUGUUAAUUAUUCUACGAAGUGUAGUUUUUAUACGCGGUGAAAAUUCUUUAACCAAAAACUUUGCCGCUGAAUUAGGUACUUACCUAAUAUUGAAAGCAGACCGCGAGAAUCACCGAGUUUUAUUAUUUAAGUAUGUUGUUAGCUGUAGGCGCUCGAACAUCUAUAUUAUAGACGUAAAUGUUAAGAUAUAGCUCCGACAGAAACCGCAAUCCCCCUCGAGGCCAAAAAUAAGGUUGUUAUACCGCCUUUUUAGUUAUAAGCUUUUUCUAUCUUAUUUUUAUUUUGCGGAUAUCUAAUAUCGAUCAUAGCGACUUAUGCCUCUUAAAUGUAUUAUGAACUUUUAAAUUGAUUUUGGGAAUCAACUUUUAUAUUGUGUUAUUUUGCGUAUUUUCUGCUGAUAUCCUGAGGCAAUCUCGCAAUUCAAGGGAAUCCCCUGAAAACUUUUUAAGAGAUACACGAGCAAGUUGCGGGCCCUCAGACCAAUGAUGUAAAAGUUAAGUUUCUGGUAUAUGUCUUGAAUGAAUUGCGACUUUGUAUGUAGAAUGAUAGAGGAGUAGCAGACAUGACAUGGGAUGUAUGUUAACUCUCCUACUCUAUUAUCUAUAGUAGACUCUGUUGCCUAAGUAAUAAGGGUAAUAAUUUGAUUAAAAUAUCGAUAUCUCAGUUCUGCAAUGGAAUUCCGCUUAGUGCCCACACAAUGAUAUGUAGAAAACCCAUCUAAUGACCUAGCUCUCGGUUCUGUUGGUAUUGAACCAGACUCUAUACAAAGUUGCUUUUAUAUGGUACAUCAAAUAUUAGUAAAAAUAUAUUCCCCAACAACAGUUAUUCUUAUUAUUAAGGAACAAAUAACCUAAGUAAAUUUUGUAAAAUCAACGUGGAUAAAAGGAAACUAGAUGUAUUUUUACUAGGUAUUUGUUUCUUAUUCAAUAUUAUUUUAUUUUAUAACUGCUGUGUUCGUGAAUCUAUGAGGAACAGCCUGAUAUAAUUGGAUGAAGUUUAAAGAAAAGUAUCCAAUCCACAAAAAAAUAUGAGUAUAAUUAUGUGAAAAUGAAGUCAUUAAUGCAAUGGUAAUUUUUAGUGGACGGAUCCUUUUUGCGUAACUUUGUCCAAUUAAAUUAUGAGCGCUCGUAACUGUUUCCGCAUAUGUUGCUAUUUUUAUUCUAUGGCUAAUAUUAUGUUACAUGUAUUUGACACACCAUAUCUACUGGACCUACAUGAUUCUACUUAAUCACGUGACACGAAUAUUUCCGUGUAUAGUCCACAUAGUAAAGUGUUAGAUUAGUCUUCAGAUUUCGUCGUGCAGGGUAAUUUCACGGGGUUUUUGAGGUGGUUAGCCGUGGCGAAUAUUGUUCUAGUAGCGCUCAAUCCGCGUAUCGAUGUCGUCCUUAUAUUUAAACAUGUUUAAGCCGGUAUUGUCGUGUAUAGUCAAUUCAAGGUAAAAUCGCCGUAUUUCCAUAUUAUUAGGGUAAGUCUAGAUUUUAAUUGUCUACCUUUCAAUCAAGCACUGUAACUUGUUUCUGAUAAGACUCCUAUUUUUAUAAAGCAUCAAUAUCUCCGCCUGAUUGUUAACUAAAUUUUGAAACAUAAUGCACACUAUUAAGUCCACUGUUUUGUAAUUCAAUGUAGAAUAAUAGAUCUAAUCUAUUACCGCAACAUUAUAUGUAUCGUGAAACAUAGUAGUAACGAUGAACAGUCAGAUUGCCUUAGUGAACGUGUCAUGUCAUGAGUCAUAAGAUGAGAACUUAGCAAUAGUAAAAUCAAGAGUCAUCAAUUGCCUUAGAAGGGGUUAUUAACAUAUAGUAAUUAACUAUAGUGCUUAUACUCAUGUUUAUUAGGCCUUAAAACAAGAUAUAAAUAGCGAUGUAAAAUGAAAUGAUAACUCCGAAAUGUCUAUAUUUGUAGUCGUAGUCUGCACUUUCUGCCUUUAUUAAUUGUUAGUUAACUAAUUUCGAAAAAUAUGUUUUUUUUUUAUUUGAAUAACUCUGCCAUUAGGUAGUUCUGCAUUUCCAUAAAUCCGCUUGUUGCACUUGGGCCUUCGAAGAAUAGAAUAGACAAGUUCUAGAUUCAGAAUAAGGCGCUUGCGGGAAUAUAUUAGUUAUAUAAACAUCUCUCCUUUUGUAUGACAGAGAGGUAGAUAACGUUCGAACUUUAGAAGUAUUUCUCCCGAUCAACAAACGCAGUUACGCUACGCGAUAUGUGACUUUGUUACUCUAUCAAAUCCUGCUGCGAAAAAUCCAUAACGCACAAAGAGCCAUUUUUUCAUUCUCCCGAUCAACAAACGCAGUUACGCUACGCGAUAUGUGACUUUGUUACUUUAUCAAAUCCUGCUGCGAAAAAUCCAUAACGCACAAAGAGCCAUUUUUUCAAGCCCCGAUUUUUUGCACUAUAGUGUUCAGAAUGACACGGUAGAAUCCGACCGUAAUAAUGUGAUAUGAAUCUACUUACUUCUUCCUUACCUUACCUCCUGAACUUUUUUUUAAUCUGAUUUUGAUAUCACCAUUUACUAGAGAGUUUAUGUUUAGGUAUAUACUUUAUAUUAUAUGUACAGUCAUACACAAGUACACACGCUUGUCGCUCGAGUGACAACAAAGUCACAUUCUCAUCUUUUGAAAGCUUCAUUUUCUGUUGCAAGCUAGUUUCAACCUUACUUAAAAGUAUCGAAGUUAUUGUGACAAUGUCCGCCAUGGGCACGAAACUGAGGUGUUCUUGGCGAUCAAAAGGCAGAUGGCAGAGUUUUUAAUUUUUUACGGUUAUUAUUUUGAAUGGAGGCAAUUUUCUUCUUACAUACAAAGAACCUUACCAAGGACUAUUAUUUCUUAAUAUUAAAAACGACAAAGCUAAGAAACUUUUCACUGGAUCAAAGUAGUUAAUAUUAAUAUAUGUACCUAGUAUUUAUAUUUUUACAGAUUCUGGUUUAUAUUAGAUAAGAAGUGGACGGAUUCGGUAGUAAACGUGUAAUUGUAUAGGUAACGACAGUGCAAAACAUGAAAACAACCCUGGCGAAAAUGCAAUAAGUGAAUCAAAAUAUCUACUUUAUUAGUCUUAAUUAUGAAUGUCAUAUAUUGAUCAUAUUUCUGUGGAUGUAAUUAUUACAUUAACGUAGUAGUAAUAAUACAGUUAAUGAAUUGCGAAAUAUGUGUAUGGGUUGUAAUACAAUCUGUUUAUUAAA